ACGGAAGAAGAGUCUCCUGCUCAAACUGUACGAACAGCCAACAACAAACAGCAGAGGACACCAAGGCAGAGAAAGACGAGGAGACACUUUAACCAACUAAACAGUUUUGGUCGGGUGCUGAGCGCUCACAUCCUUCGGCAACAUGGGGGAACUCUUCAGGAGUGAGGAGAUGACCCUGGCCCAGCUCUUCCUCCAGUCAGAAGCAGCCUACUGUUGUGUCAGUGAACUGGGGGAGAUCGGGAUGGUGCAGUUUCGAGAUCUAAAUCCUGAUGUGAAUGUGUUCCAGCGAAAGUUUGUCAAUGAAGUACGACGAUGUGAAGAAAUGGAUCGCAAACUGAGAUUUGUGGAGAAAGAAAUAAAGAAGGCAAACAUCCCGAUAGUUGACACAGGAGAGAACCCUGAAGUCCCCUUCCCAAGAGACAUGAUAGAUCUGGAGGCCACAUUUGAAAAGCUUGAGAAUGAGCUGAAGGAAAUAAACACCAACCAAGAAGCGUUAAAGAAGAACUUCCUGGAGCUGACAGAGCUCAAGCACAUCCUGCGUCGCACACAGCAGUUUUUUGAUGAGAUGGAGGAUCCCAGUUUACUGGAGGAAUCAUCCACCCUUAUAGAUCCCAGUGAGGUUAACAGGGGGGCUCCUCUCAGACUGGGCUUUGUGGCUGGAGUGAUCGGCAGGGAGCGUAUUCCUACAUUUGAGAGGAUGCUGUGGAGAGUCUGCAGAGGAAAUGUUUUCUUGAGACAGGCAGACAUUGAAGAUCCUCUGGAGGACCCGACCACGGGCGACCAGGUCCACAAGUCUGUCUUCAUCAUUUUCUUCCAGGGAGACCAGCUAAAGAAUAGAGUUAAGAAGAUCUGUGAGGGGUUCAGGGCGACCCUGUACCCAUGUCCAGAGACACCCCAGGAGAGGAAAGAGAUGCUGGCUGGAGUGAAUGCACGGAUUGAGGAUCUGCAAAUGGUGCUGAACCAGACCGAGGAUCACAGGCAGAGGGUCCUGCAGGCUGCAGCAAAGACAGUCAGAGUGUGGUUCAUCAAGGUGAGGAAGAUGAAGGCCAUCUAUCACACCCUCAACCUCUGCAACAUCGAUGUGACUCAGAAGUGUCUCAUCGCUGAGGUUUGGUGUCCUGUCUCCGACCUUGACUCCAUCCAGUUUGCCCUGCGCAGGGGGACGGAGAAGAGUGGAUCCACUGUUCCUUCCAUCCUCAAUAGGAUGCAGACAAAGCAGACCCCACCCACCUAUAACAAGACCAACAAGUUCACCUCAGGCUUCCAAAACAUUGUGGAUGCUUAUGGAAUCGGCAGCUACCGAGAGAUUAAUCCAGCUCCAUACACCAUCAUCACCUUCCCCUUCUUAUUUGCCGUUAUGUUUGGUGACCUGGGCCACGGGGUGCUCAUGACGUGUGCUGCCCUCUACCUUGUGUUGAGAGAGAGCAGGCUAAUGGCACAAAAGAAUGAUAAUGAGAUGUUCAGCAUGGUGUUUGCAGGGCGCUACAUCAUCUUGCUGAUGGGAAUUUUCUCGAUCUACACUGGAAUCAUUUACAAUGACUGCUUCUCCAAGUCUCUCAACGCGUUUGGCUCUGGCUGGAGCGUCAGGCCCAUGUUUAAUGCUGGAGUAGGAGGAAACUGGACGUUUGAAACACUUAAAGGCAACAAAGUUUUGCAGUUGGAUCCAGCUGUAGAUGGAGUGUUCAAAGGGCCAUACCCCAUAGGAAUCGAUCCGAUUUGGAACAUUGCCACCAACAAGCUGACGUUCCUGAACUCCUUCAAAAUGAAGAUGUCUGUUGUCCUGGGAGUCAUCCACAUGCUGUUUGGAGUCACUCUCAGUCUCUUCAAUCAUAUCUAUUUCAAAAAGCCGCUGAAUAUCUAUUUUGGAUUCAUCCCUGAGAUCAUCUUCAUGUCCAGCCUCUUCGGCUACCUCGUCAUUUUAGUCUUGUACAAAUGGGUGUCAUAUGAUGCGAGGUCAUCCAGGGAUGCUCCCAGUCUCCUCAUCGCCUUUAUAAACAUGUUCCUCUUCAACUACAACGACCCCACCAACAAACCUCUGUACUGGGGACAGAAAGCCCUUCAGUCAUUCUUGGUGGUUAUGGCCUUGGCUUGUGUUCCUGUUAUGUUAAUAGUCAAAACUCUAGCUCUGAGGAGGCAGUAUUUGUGGAAGAAACACCUGGGUACACAGAACUUUGGAGGAAUCAGAGUGGGGAAUGGGCCCACUGAGGAUGAGGCGGAAAUCAUCCAGCAUGACCAGUUAUCCCAGCACUCAGAGGAGGAGCCUGAGCAAUGCCUUUUGUCACCUGCUGUCAAGGCCCGAGAGGAGGAAGAGUUUAACUUUGGAGAUGUGGCAGUGCAUCAAGCCAUCCACACUAUAGAGUACUGCCUGGGCUGCAUCUCCAACACUGCCUCCUAUCUGAGGCUUUGGGCCCUCAGUCUGGCUCAUGCACAGCUGUCAGAGGUGUUGUGGUCCAUGGUGAUGCACAUUGGCCUCUCCACCACCGGCUUUGGAGGCUUUAUCCUUGUGGCCAUAACCUUUUACUUCUUUGCUGUUCUCACAGUUGCCAUUUUACUCAUCAUGGAAGGCUUGUCUGCCUUCUUGCAUGCACUUCGACUUCACUGGGUGGAGUUCCAAAACAAGUUUUACUCAGGACAGGGCUUCAAGUUUCUCCCCUUCACCUUUGAAAGCAUCCUUGAUGGGAGGUUUGAAGACUAAGACCUCCACUUCCUCUGUUUCCUCUGUUGUCAUUGAUGUCUUGAGAAUCCAUGUGAUGUUGAGUAGUGAUUUUUCUGUGUGAUGCAGUUUACAUGAACAAGAGUGAAUCUGUCUGACUGAUUUUUGUUCAAAACUUUUCAUUUCUUUGUAGGGUCUGUAAAUCUUUAACAUCCGCUCUGAAAUUUCAUUCCUGAGAAAAAAGAAUGAUCUGUUCUUUAAUAUAUGUCUUGUUAUUAUAAAGUGAUUUUCUUUUACUUGUGUUUUAUUUAGUUAAAUAUUAUUUAUACAUUUUUUUCCUUUAUAAAACCUCUAUAUCUUCCAUGCUGCAGUGUUGCACUAACACAUAUGAGGUCAGUUAGUCGCAAAGGGACAUUAGUAUUUACUGCUGGUUAUCUCUGUACUAGUAUUGUCCUCAAGGAACAUCUCACCUGAUGAGUUCAAGAACCUUUGCACAUAUAGACACCUCUCUCACUCUGCAUACUGACCCCACAAAAAGAGCCGUGAAGGUCCAAAGGGAAUAUAAUUUCACAUUAUUCAGCCAACACUGUGAAGAUGGUGAUGCACUGACUCUUUAACCAAGUGCUGAACUCUUACAUUGCCAUUAAUGCCCUUUGUGAUAUGCAAUUCUGUAACAAACCAACAUCAAAAUUAUUCAUUAACAUGUGGUUGCUUUUGUCCUUAAGCUGAUUUCAGUUGUUUAAGUUUCAGUUGUUCUGGUAACACUUAGAAAGAAGAAAGACAGCUACAAACAUGUUUGAAAAGAAUGUACUCUUUCGAAAUCAUUCAACACCUGCAUUUAUUGUGCACAUCUCUCAAUAAAUUAGAAAGAACUGGA